AUGGAUAGAUGGAUGGAUGGAUGGAUAGAUGGAUGGAUGGUGGAUAGAUGGAUGGAUAGAUGGAUGGAUGGAUGGAUGGAUGGAUGGAUGGAUGAUAGAUGGAUAGAUGGAUGGAUGAUGGACGGUGGAUGGACGGUGGAUGGAUAUGGAUGGAUGAUAGAUGGAUGA